CAUUACUUGUCAAUUAAAGAAACAUGAUUACAGGAUUUACAGUAAUUAUGUUUUCAUUGACAUGUGAACUUAUUACUGGGGAGAAAGAAAUGUGAAGUUGCAGAAAGCAAGAUUAAAAAAAGAAAAGUCCUACCCCUUCUUCCAGAUUUCUGAGCUUUAGAUGCGGGUCUUGCAGUUCAUCAGCAAUGAUCUAGUCUUUAUCUCGGAAUCAGUUGGGAGGAACAGGUGAUUCACUUUUUUUCACAAAGGUGAGGAGCCUCUGUAAGUACGAGCAGAUCCAGUUGAAGUGCAGUAUUGCACAGGUAUAGGAACCAAAUGCUGGUUGUGGGUGUGUCGCGGGGAAAGCGGCAUCGAUCUGCAGAUCCAGGAAGGAGAGCGGUUUGAGUGACAGAGGAGCAGAGUGUUAGAGGCAAAGCAAGGUUGAAAAUAAUGGCUUCAUCCGUGAAUGCUCUCAGGGAGAUCAUCAGAAGCAUAACAGGAGGACGCGGUUUCGAUCAGGUUUUAAGAAAGAUGAAUGUUGUUUCAGCAAGUCCUGGGAAAGUUGUUUGCGAGUUGAAAGUGGAGGAAGAGCAUGUAAACCGAUCAAGUGCUCUGCAUGGAGGGUUGAUUGCUACUAUUGUCGACGUGGUGUCAACAACAGCCUUACUGAAUACGGAAAGAGCAACACCAGGAGUCAGUGUAGACAUGAAUAUAACGUACAUGAAUGCAGCUAAAGUGGGAGAGGAUCUUAUCAUAUCUGCUGAGGUGCUGAAGCAAGGUCGGACUCUUGGCUUUGCAACUGUCGAUUUGACAAGCAAAACAACAGGAAAGCUCAUUGCUCAGGGUCGUCACACAAAGUUUUUGGGCAGCUGAAAAACUUGUGAACAACAGAAAACCUUUACUGUCAUGUUUUGAAUGCAUUCAACAUGCCUUAUUAAAAAUGUACUUCAAGGUUU